UCAUGGACAUUCGGUGCCACUGGCUUCCGUUCUCUUCCGUUUGAAUGUUUGCCAAACUUUGCGAUGAAGCUCGCUUGUGUGCGGUGUAAGCGUAAGAAGGUCAAAUGCGACAAAGGCGAGCCGAGUUGCAACCACUGCAUCACUGCGAAAACAAGCUGUGAGUAUGUGAGUCGGCGUCAACGUCCUCGGCUUGCACAGCAAAGGAACGCCGUUCAAUACCUCAACCGCCGAUUAGAGAUUAUAGAACAGUCCCUUACCCAUUCGACACAUGCUACUCCUGAAAGACAGUCAUCAUCGCCGCAAACAUCUUCAGCAGCUUCUGGCGUGGUUUUGCCUGACGAUGGCAUUGAUGCGGAAUCAGUCUCCGAGGUUCCUUUGGCAGCUGAGAAUGGGCAAGAUUCGUGGAUCUAUCGCAUGGCCACCGAUGCGCAACGAAACUUCCAGACACAAUUGAUUCCGGACAGUCCCCUGGCUGGAAUUGAUGAUGCCAUGCUUUCGUUGAACGAGGCCUUGAAAGAUCUCGGAAAACUCCGCAUUCGCAACAACGUGGGCAAUCAAUAUGCCAGCCUCAAUCUUUCGGCAGCUGAAGCCACCGAGUGCAUCGACGCUUUCUUGGAUCUGGCGCGCAAUAUGGUGUUGCCCGAUUUUGACCACACUUACAUGAGUAUGGAUCUGCUAAGAGCACUUCCUGUUGUCAUCGACUCCCCCUUUGUCAAUAUCGACCCUGUCGUCAAUGUCAUGUACUACAAUGCGAUCUAUUAUGGCAUACAAGAAAUUUACGGAUCCAACGAUCAACGGGUCCAGGCUGCAUACUUCAAGGUUCUAGAAGCAGUACCUGCCUGGCUUGAAGCCCCACCAGAGAGCCCGCUAAAUGGCUUCACGGCCGCCUUGACGACAUGGACGACAUUGACCAAUCACGACUAUCAGCUGGCCUGGAAAUUUCAUUGCAAAGCAUGCCAACACAUCAAACUUGGGAAAGUGGACAGCAUUGAUGCCAUCCCUGCGAAGACGUUCAAAGAUGAGAGUGAUAGGAAUGAUGGGAGGUUUUUGUACUGGCACAUUCUUUGUACUGAUCUCACUUUUCGAUUGUUCUUCGGGAAGCCUACUGUGGUCCGGUGGGUGCCAGAUAAGAUUAGGCCACCGAGUAUCUUCAAUCCCGACCGGAUGCAUCCGACCGCAGGGUUCGCUAUGAUCCUAGUGGUGUGGGUGCGAUACACCCUUAUCACAGCAGAGGCCGUUAAUUACGUCGAUAGUAUAGCUACAGACGAUCGCAAUGCAACCUUUUAUCAAACCGUCGACGAAUACUGCAUGAAGAUUGAACAUCUCAUGAAAGACUGGAGGAUGGAAGCUGAGAUGAAGGCCAUCACUACUCCUCAGAGACAUCGGGCCAUCAUGGCUGAUCACUACAUGAACGCCUACGCCAUGAUCGUGGGAAUAAGACGGCUGGCGCGACCACCUACUCAGAACAAUCGGGUUGACGACGUUACGCUCCGUGCAGCACGGAAUGUAGUCGGCUUAACUCUCGAACUCAGCAACCACCAGUCACCAGAAGACGCAAAGCUGUUCGCCGCACAUUUCAUCUCGUUCUAUCCCUUCUGCUCUGUCUUCUCCCUCUACGAACACAUCAUCACAAGCACCGACCCAGAGCAAUGCGAGCAAGAUACCAUCGCCCUGGAGAAAAUCGGCGUAGUCAUGACCCGCGCCUCCGCCGCACGACCCCAUUUCGCAACUCUGGAACGCACUAUCAACGCGCUUAAUAAAGUCGCGCGGGCGAUCCAGAACGAGAGGCGCUCGCGGCAUACUUCGAAAACCACGACGCCGUUGUCUUCAAAUACACCACGGCCAAUACUGGGUCCUUCAACCACGUUUGAUACGUUGCAGGACUUUGCUGACUCGAUCCCGAACUUUGAUGCGGCGGCGUUGGAUGCGUUUGGGGAGUUUUCUGGGGCUGAGGUCGGUGGGGUUGGGGGUGGUGCUGGGUUUCAUCCCAUGGGGUUUGUGCGCGCUGUGGAGACGGAUUAUGUGGGUAGGAAUUGGAAUGAGCAGUGGUGGGAUAUUAAUCACGGUAUGUCGUGA